AUGUUUAUAUGGCCUUCCAAUGUCGCGAAGCUUAAGGUGAGAAUUUUCUCUGUGUCGCCCGUUGAAGGUUCAACCAUGCGGAGUAGAGUGCUCUUGACGACUCCGUUUGACGAUAAAUCCACCUCUGUGCUCACUGUUUUCCACGACACUUUUCCUCUAUUCCAAGAAGGUAUAAUGUCCCUCCUACAGGAAUCGUUUGUCUGGCAGUUGUAUUCCCUGCGAACUUGCAAUGUCACUUACUGGACAUUGAGUUCUACCUGGAUUCUAUCCUCUUGGGAAUUUAUCUAUCUAUCUAUCUAUCUAUCUAUCUAUCUAUCUAUCUAUCUAUCUAUCUAUCUAUCUAUUUAUCGUCUCUUUUUAUUUGUUGCUUUUCCUUCUUUUAUUUUCAAUUCCAUCCUUUCAUCGUCUCUUCUUCCCUUUCACACCAUCCUUAUCGUUGUCUCUUCUUCCUUUUCGCCGCCACUGCAACCUACUCCUCCUCAUUGUCUCUUCUUCUUCUUCACUUUCUCCCUUUCGUUGUCGCUUCUUCUAUUUCGCCUCCUCCUCUAUAUUGUUUCUUCUUCCCUUUCACCUCCUGCCUUGCUUUUUUAUUGUCUCUUCUUCCUCUUCACUUUCUCUUUUUCGUUGUCACUUCUAUUUCACCUCCUCCUUUAUAUUGUCUCUUCUACCCUUUCACCUCCUCCCUUACUUUCUCAUUGUCUCUUCUCCCUCUUCAUUUUCUCCCUUUCGUUGUCGCUUCUUCUAUUUCACCCCCUCCUUUAUAUCGUCUCUUACCUUUCACCUCCAGCCUUACUUUCUUAUCGUCUCUUCUUCCUCUUUACUUUCUCCUUUUCGUUGUCGCUUCUUCUAUUUCAGAUACUUUACACUCUCCGUGGCUGA